AUGUGGACGGACGUCGAGGCCGAAUACAAGGCCUGUUCCGCGGUGAUGGCUGACGAGGAUCCAGAAAUCCAAGCGGACAUCCGGGAAACAUAUGGCGAAUGCUAUGGGGUACCCUUCCACGAGUUCUUCUUUUCGCCUCCCGCUUUAAACGAGCGACAAUCCUGCACGAAGCGCAAUGUGCUGUCCCAGAUCGCGCAGCUCUUUGAACCAGCGAAAUGGCUUGCCCCCUUCGUCGUCCAAGCGAAAAUAUUUAUGCAGGAGAUUUGGUUGAGAGAGUUAGGAUGGGAUGACGUCCUUCCUAACGAUCUGUCUCAAGCCUGGGAGACAUUCCUGAAAAGCUUUCCGGCCAUCCAAGGGAUCCGCAUUCCGCGGUGGUUACACGUCUGCCCGAUGGCCAAGGUACAGAUUCAUGGGUUCUGCGACGCGUCUCAACGUGCCUAUGGGGCAGCGAUUUACGUCCGAGUUGAGCGUCCGCAGGGCAUUGUGUGUACCCUGCUCACAGCCAAAACCCGCGUUGCCCCCGUGAAAACAGUCUCGUUGCCUCGACUCGAGCUGUGCGGAGCUGUCCUUCUGACAGAACUCUCCGUGGCCAUCCUUCCUCAAAUGCCGCUCGACGCCAGCCAGGUGUACUUUUGGACCGAUUCCACUAUUGUGUUGGCCUGGUUGAACAGGCCGGCAUGUGAUUGGACCACGUUUGGAGGGAAUCGAGUCGCCAAAAUCACUCGCUGUUGGCCCCGCGAACGAUGGAGCCACGUCCGAUCCGAGGACAACCCGGCCGACCUCGCCAGUCGAGGGCUCGGACCCACUGAACUGGUCGGCAAUGACAUGUGGUGGCAUGGCCCUGCGUGGCUGCGUGGUCCGCAGUCGGAGUGGCCUUGUCCACGAGGCUCAAUCCUUGAGACCGACUUGGAGAAACGAGCCGUCAAGGUUCACCACGCCACUGACACCGCCUCGGACAUUCUCAGCCGAUUCUCCGAAUUCGGACGCGCUCUGCGCGUGAUCGCCUACGUUCGGCGGUUUGGCCAGCGCGUCAGAGGGCAAGCAACGCCAGUCCACGUCUCCACAGAGCUAGACAAUAAAGAGGUCGCUGCAGCUCUCCAAGCUGUCACCAUCACGACCCAACGCUUCCAUUAUACGGCGGAGCAUCGCUGUCUUGUAAACAAGCAGCCACUUCCGACUACGAGCUCUCUUCAGAACCUCAAUCCGUUCCUGGACCAGAACGGGGUCAUGCGGGCAUGUGGCCGGGUCCGAGCCUCGGCAUCCAUGACCUACAACGAGCGGCAUCCAAUCCUGUUGCCACCCGCAUGCCUCCUGGUUCGCCUGCUGGUUCGAUUCACCCAUCACGUAUCCCUACAUGGUGGGAACCAGCUGGUCAUCCGCCUUCUCCGGGCAACAUACUGGAUCCCUCGACUACGUCACGUCGUGAGGGCAGUAAUCCACUCCUGUAAGGUCUGCGUCAUCCAUCGCAAGCGACUCCAAACCCAAUUAAUGGGCGACCUUCCUUCCUCACGAGUUACAUUUUCGCGGCCGUUCACAUACACCGGAGUCGACUUCGCCGGGCCGUUCGACGUGAAAAGUUUCACAGGACGCGCCUGUCGCAUCUCCAAGGGGUAUGUGUGCGUUUUCGUUUGUUUUACCACGAAGGCCAUCCAUUUGGAGGCUACGUCCGACUUGUCCACCGACACUUUCCUAGCCGCCUUCGCCCGGUUCGUCGCGAGACGAGGCUGUCCCCACGAAGUCCACUCCGACAACGGGAGGAAUUUUGUCGGCGCAUCCCGCUCUCUGGCUGUGGACCUUCUCGAGGCCCUCCGCACUCGGACCUCCGCGGUGUACAGCCAGCAGGGGCUCACGUGGCGAUUCAUCCCUCCAGGGGCCCCACAUAUGGGGGGCUUAUGGGAAGCGGGUGUGAAGAGCUUCAAGGCUCUUUUCCAACGGUCGAUGUGUACUUCCAAAUACACAUUAGAGGAGUUCGCGACCUUUCUCUCCAAGAUUGAGGCAUGCCUUAACUCGCGACCAAUCUCUCCUAUGUCUGAGGAUCCAACUGAUCCGUUGGCCUUGAGCCCAGGCCAUUUCCUGAUUGGUGGUCCGCUACUAUCCCAUCCGACAAGAAACCUCGAGGUUGGAGACCUCGUGGUGAUCAAGGAGGAGAACAUCCCCACUCAGGAAUGGCGUCUCGGCCGUGUGCAGAACGCGUAUCCUGGAGCCGAUGAUAAGGUCCGUGUGGUAGACCUACUCACGGCCCGCGGCCUUAUUAAGAGACCGAUCAUGAAGGUGGUUCUGCUGCCUAUGGAAUCGGAUGUCCUGUCCACCUACUCGCGCGGAGGCUCCGAUUCAUAA